CACCGGUAAUGGGGAGAGGGGUGGGUGUCACGGCUACGGCACGGUGUAGUAUUUGCUCUUUUCUAAUUCUGCAGCUACAGCAACCUCGGAGACCCAGAUCCAUCGUUCACUCCACUUUCUUCUGAACAUGUUUAAAUUCCUCCUGACUCUGCCCCUGAGUCUCCGAGAGAACAUAUACCUCUUCAUCACCCCUGACACUCCCACCCUUCCCUGUGCGCAAAGAUUACUCGAAGGAAAUCUGGGACAGAGUUUGUCCAGUGCUUUUGUUCGAAAGUCUCGUUUGGACACGAUUAUCUUUAUAUUUUGGUUGUAUUUCAGCCGAGAAACCUCGAAAUAUCAUGCUAAGGAAAGGAUUAGUAUCAUUACGAGCAACGUCCUCGCUAAAGAAACCGUUUGUAGGAUGGCUUGUUAGCAACAGAGGAUUUGCAGGACAAGUGAAUGAAGCAGAGUUCGAAUUAGCAGAUUGUCCAAUUCACCGACUAGACAGCGGACCACCCAAAAAAGCCAUUCUGACCAGAGAAGAUGGCCUUAGUUAUUACAGAACAAUGCAGGUGAUACGAAGAAUGGAGACAGCUGCAAGCACUCUGUACAAAUCAAAGGUUAUCAGAGGCUUCUGUCAUUUGUAUUCAGGACAGGAAGCAUGCUGCAUUGGAAUGCAGGCUGCGAUCAAUAUGGAUGACAGCAUCAUAACGGCAUAUCGUUGCCAUGGCUGGACCUACAUUAGAGGAGUCUCAGUCAAAGAGAUCCUUUGUGAAUUAGCAGGUCGCAAGACUGGCUGUUCUAAGGGUAAGGGAGGUUCUAUGCACAUGUAUGGCCAUGAAUAUUAUGGCGGAAAUGGAAUUGUUGGAGCUCAGGUUCCAUUAGGUGCAGGAAUCGCCCUUGCUCACCAAUACAGAGGCAAUGGACAAAUAUCUGUUACCCUUUAUGGGGAUGGAGCCGCUAACCAAGGGCAGGUGUUUGAAACCUACAAUAUGGCCAAAUUGUGGAAUCUUCCAUGCAUCUUUGUGUGUGAGAAUAACGGAUAUGGUAUGGGUACAUCUGUUGAACGAGCUGCCGCCACUACUGAAUACCACACGAGAGGAGAUUACAUUCCUGGAAUCAAAGUUGAUGGCAUGGAUAUCCUAACAGUGAGAGAAGCAACUAAAUUUGCCGCAGAUUAUACCAGAUCAGGAAAGGGCCCAAUUUUGAUGGAGCUGGCUACAUACCGUUAUUAUGGGCACAGCAUGAGUGACCCUGGUACAAGCUACCGGUCACGUGAUGAGGUGCAGUCCGUGCGUAAGACACGUGAUCCAAUCUUAGGUUUAAGAGAAAAACUGCUGGAUUCAGGGCUUGCAGACACUGAGGACAUCAAGCGUAUCGAACAAGAAGCCAAACAAGAGAUCGAAGAGGCUGUGAAGGCAGCGGAGGCCGAUCCCGACCCUACCCUGGACGAUCUGUACCUGGACUUGUACGCGGAUGAUAACAUGGAGGGUCACGUGGUCCGUGGCUGUGAUAACUGGUCUAGGCACGCUACCAAUUAGAUGGUAUCUUUUUAAAAACUCCAUACGGGCGAAGAUCCUGGAAAUAACGAAUUUCAGCUCGGAUUUUUCAGUAGCUAUCGUCUUUUAUAAAUUAUCUGAGUUUUGUCCAGAGGGGAUCCGAAAUCAUGUAAUUUUAUUGGUUGAAAAAGGUAUAUCAAAACUCGCUUAUAACAGAGCUGGCUUCGAUCCAACCAGGAAAAUAUAAACAACUCAGUUUUGUUUUGUGAAGACCCGAUAACAACAUGGAAGCCUUUUUUGUUAGUUUAUAGCAGUAGACAAAACAAAAGACAGAACAAGGAAUGUGAGUAAUCUGGUGUUUUGAAUCGAACCUUUCACUUUCUAAGCGACUGCCCUGGACUUUGGUCAAAACUACAUUCCGCACAAAGUGAAUAAGGCUAUUGUAGCUCCGAGUACUUGUAACUGUAGCGUGUUUAUAUACUGUGAAGGCGCAUAUACGAGUGACAGCGCGAUGUCGUUCAUCGCGUCUUAUCUGGGGCUUGUUUAUAACGGGUAAUCGGCGAUCACCAUGUACUGAUAAUAACAGAGACGUACUACCCAAUAGAAACUGACAUAAAUUAGUGUGUUUAUUAUCAAGAAAUGAUAUUUAUUCGUU